AUGGACAUGAACCCCCGGAUAUUGGGAGUUACCACUGCACUUUUAAUACUGUCGACCUUGACGGUUGCCCUGCGGUUGUUCACUCGGUUUGUGAUUGUUCGAACACCAGGUUGGGACGAUGCAUUGAUUGUUGCGGCAGUGGGAACAAACUAUGUCUUCUAUACAUGCCUGAUAAUUGAACUUCGAAACCACUUGGGAAAGGAAGAUGAUGCAAUCGGCGAUCAUGAUGUGCGAACUCAGCUCAAGGCCCUCUGGGUCUCCAUCCCAUUCUAUAAUCUCACCCUCACGCUGGCCAAAAUCUCCAUGAUCCUGCUGUAUAUGCGUCUUUUCGUGGCCACGAACAAGCGCUUCCGCACCCUUCUCAUCGUCUUUCUCGUCUUCAUAAUCAUUGUCGGUCUAUGGACCCUCUUGGGCUCCGUUUUAAUAUGCCUCCCGGUUCGCGGGUUCUGGGACCACUCCGUUCAGGCCACAUGUCGCCCCUUCGCGGUCGUAUGGUGUCUCAAUGCUGCGCUACAAAUCGUAACGGAUCUAGUGGUCGUCACGACCCCGAUGCCCACGCUCGCACGGCUGCGUCUACCAACCAGACAAAAGUUCGCCCUGAUAUUAGUGUUCGCCCUGGGGUUCUUCGUCUGCGCAAUGAGCAUCAUCCGCCUUGUUAAAAUCAUCCAACUCGUCAGUGGCGACAGCGAAGAUUUCUCCGAGCGCAACGGCCCAGCAGCAAACUGGUCUUCCAUAGAGGCCAACGUCGCCAUCAUCUGCACCUGCCUACCGCCCCUACAACCGCUCCUCACCCGCAUCUGCCCGCGCCUGCUCUCUCCGCGCUCGCGCCCCCGCGACAGCCAACGUCAACGGGAAAAGGAGCUACCCUCUGUCUACUCGUUCCAUCUUCAUAACCCGUUCGCUGUGACGAGUGGGAAUUACUCGGCUAGUGUCACGGGGAAUUGCUCGGUCAAUGGGGAUGAGUUGCAGGAUACGGAUGGGAUCCAGGUUGUUAGGGAGUUGAGGUGGGAUUUGGAUCAUGCGGAGAGAAGAUCCGGGAGUACGACCGAGAGGGAAAGUGCGAAAAAGCAAAGACGGGACUCGGGGUUUGCCGGGUGA